UUUCAGUCAGAUAGUUCACACUUGACAAGCUGUGCUGAUGCAGAGGUAAUAUACACACUUGGAACCCAGUUACACCUGGCUAUUUGCUGCUUGCUGUGUUUCAGUCAUGAAGAACCUUCGUUUCAAGGAUUUCUUCUGGUACCCAGAUCUGACCUCCACUGCUGGCUAUGAUGCCAUCAUUCAGUAUCUCAGUGAUGGAAAAAGAACAUGCAAGGAGGUGGAGGACUUUAUGAAGGCCAGGGCUUCAAUCGAAGAAAGGUACGCAAAAGAUCUUCUUGGUCUGUCCAAGAAGGUGUGUGGACACAAUGAGAUGAACACAUUAAAAAGAUCCCUGGACAUGUUUAAACUUCAAAUCGAAAAUGUUAGUCUAUCACACUUGCAACUGGCACAAAGCAUGAGAGAAGAGGCCAAGAAACUGGAGGAAUUCAAAGAGAAGCAGAGAGAAGCAAGGAAAAAGAUAGAGCAACAGAUGGAUGCUUUCCACAAACAGAAGUCCUCACAGUUUAAGAGGACGAUGGAUUCAAAGAAAGCAUAUGAGCAGAAGUGUCGUGACAAAGAAGAAGCAGAUCAGAACAUGAACCGAAACACCAACACCAACAACACCAAGCUUGUGGAGAAGCUCCAUUUAAAAGCUCAGCAGGCAAAACAGAAUGCAGAAGAAGCAGACAAGUUAUACCAACACAAUAUUAUAAAUCUGGGAAAAAUUAGAGAUGACUGGCUGAAGGAGCACAUAAACGCUUGUGAGAUAUUUGAAAAACAGUCAGCAGAACGCAUUAACUUCCUGAGGAACACAGUGUGGACUCAUCUUAACCAGCUUUCACAGCAAUGUGUCACCAGCGAUGAGCUGUAUGAGGAAGUGAGAAGGUCACUGGAACAAUGUGACAUCCAGGAAGAUGUCGAACACUUUGUAAACCUCAGACGGACUGGAGAGAAACCACCAGCUCCAGUGGUGUAUGAGAACUUCUACACUGGUCAGAUGUCUCCAACUGGACCGCCACCCACUCGGCUGCCUCCACCAGCUGUCAGGAGGGGACCACUACCUGAUCCAACACAGAACAACAGAGAUGACGGACGCCGGCCUUUUGUGGAAGACGAAGACUAUAGUGUGAUCCAGUAUUAACAUCAGUUUCAGACUUACCCGUUAUAGCUUAUUACUUCCUCUUUUUGGGCUUCCUGUAAAACACUCAUUUCAGAUGGAAGAUUAGUGUCAUAACUAUAUAGUCAAUGUUUCACUUUAGGUUGUUUCAUGCUUUGAAAGUACCUCGAUUUAUUAAAAUAGGUAAAAAAUCAAAGUUGUUUAAAGUUAAUGUAUGAAAUGAAAUUAUUAAGCAUAAUAAACAUUUUUCUUCAU